AGUAGCGUAACAUUCUCUUUCUUUUUUCGUCAUUCUCUCAAAAAUUAAAAGAUUAAAUCUUAAAUGCGACGCUCUAAUAUUUUUUGGAUGUCAUUGCAUGAAUUUCUGACUGAGCCAAAGUGUAUAUAUAUGUGAGAAGAUCUAAUUGCCCCUCCAUUCCCAUUCCCAUAUUAUUAUAAAAAAUUAAAACCGUUCUCUCUUCAUUCCUUUGUUCCAUAUUCCCUACAAAACCUCUCCUCCAUUCUCUCCAAUUCCUUCUUUUUCUUUCCAUCAUUUUCUCUUCUUUGCUUCUUUCUUCUCAUAUUUUCAACGUAAAAAAAUUUCUUUUUUUUCUUUAUGGUGGAACAAGAACUAGAAUGUUACAUACAACAACCAAAUAAAUCCAUAAUCCUCUCUAAAUUAUAACACUAGCCCUUUAAUUUCCCUCUUAAAUUAGACAAAAAAAAAAAAUUCCCUUUCAUCCAAACAUGUCCUCUACUAUGAAUGAUGAUGAUUUUAACAUACGAAAAAGCAAAUUCUCUGCUUAUGAUCGUCUUAGUUGUGAAGGCUCUCCUAUGAAAAUGUCACCAUGGAACCAAAGUUGUAAUUUAAAUAACACCAAUUUGUGCAAAAUGGAUGAUGAUGUUUCACAAAAUAAUCACAAAAUUUGCUUAAUUGGUUCACUUGUUCGUGAAGAAGGACAUAUAUAUUCUUUGGCUGCAAAAAAUGAUCUUCUUUAUACAGGGUCCGAUAGCAAAAAUAUACGUGUAUGGAAGGACAUGAAGGAAUUUUCGGGUUUUAAAUCAAAUAGUGGUCUUGUUAAAGCCAUUAUAAUUUCUGGAGAUAAGAUUUUCACCGGUCAUCAAGAUGGCAAAGUUCGAGUUUGGAAGGUACAACCUAAUAAUCCUAGUUACAAGCCUGCUGGAACUCUACCAACCUUCUUUGACAUUUUCAAGGCUUCAAUAAGGCCAAGCAACUAUUUCAUGUCAGCCAAACAUAACAGAGCCUCCAUUUGGAUCAAACAUUGGGAUGCAAUUUCUUGUUUAAGCAUGGACCAUAACCAUGGCCUUUUAUACUCUGCUUCAUGGGACAGAACAUUCAAAGUUUGGAGAGCUGACAGUUCAAAAUGCCUUGAAUCUGUCAAAGCCCAUGAAGAUGCUGUCAAUUCAGUAGUAGCUAGUGUUGAUGGUAUUAUCUAUACAGGUUCAGCUGAUGGUACUGUCAAAAUCUGGCAAAGGGAAUUUACACCAAAAACCAUAAGGCAUGUUUUGGUGCAGACACUUUUGAAUCAAGAAUGUGCUGUGACUGCUUUGGCAGUUAACAAGUCAGGUUCAGUUGUGUACUGUGGAUCAUCAGAUGGGGUUGUAAAUUUUUGGGGGAAAGAGAAGAAAAAUUGGACUCAUGGGGGUGUACUUAAAGGUCAUAAAUUGGCUGUGUUGUGUCUUGAGUCAGCAGGGAAUCUUGUUUUUAGUGGAUCAGCAGACAAAAACAUAUGUGUUUGGAGGAAAGAAGAUUCUAUUCACACAUGUUUGUCUGUGUUGACAGGACAUAGUGGGCCAGUGAAAUGUUUGGCUGUUGAAGAGGAUAAAGAAUCAACAAGAAGUGACCAAAAAUGGGUGCUUUAUAGUGGAAGUCUUGAUAAAUCUGUGAAAGUUUGGAGCGUUUCAGAAAUGGCACCUAUUAUGCAGAAUGGCCAUGGGAAUGGGGAUGUUCAAUAGGAUUUUCAGUCCUAUUUGUUAAAGUGUUGAUAUGUUUCUGUUACACUCCUUGGGAACAGAGAAGAAUUUUUAAAGAUUGGGGAUUAUUUAUGUAAUGUUGUAAGAUAUUGUACAAUUAAAUGGUGUGUAAAUUUGUUGGCCAUUUAUUUCUAUAUAAAGUUUUUGGUAUAUAGUAGAUGAAUAAAGCAAUUGUUUUUCUUUUUU